AGGAAGCGUAUUAAUUCCACUACUAAUUCAGCCCUUCUAGGAGUCAACACAACCGACAGCACCCACAUUCAAUCUUCAAAUAUUUAUCUUCAGUACCGCCCACCACAACGAACAAUAAAAAAAAUGGAUCUCUUUGCUUUUACCGUUAAGCAGAAGGAGACGUUCACUCUGGACCUCGAGUCCAGCGUGUUCUGGCUCAAGAAAGCGACUUUGAUUGAUGGAAGCAGUGCGAGAAUGUAAGAGGAUUUUUUGAUUUGAAUUACAGAUUCUGAUUCCAUCUUAAAGAUUCAGAUUGAAGAUUAAUCCCUAUAGUAUAAGUACAACUAUGUACUAAGUAGUUGAUAUUUUUUGCCCACACACACAGCUUCGUCUCCGUGUCGCAACCUUUCCUCGAAGAAGAAGAAUCCACCGACACGUCGUCGUCCAAGACCAAGAAGGAAGAGAAGUUCUGCGUUGCCGUUCUCAACGCUCAGCGUGAAGCCAACUGCUCCAUGGACCUGAAGUUCGACACUGUGGAGGCUAAGUUCUCCGUUGAAGGUGAUGGUAGCGUUCAGCUGCUUGGUAACCGCCAGUCUUUUGGAGAUAUGGAAGACAGUGAAGAGGAGGAAUCCGGUAUGGAAGACUGCCCAAAACUGGAAGAAAUCUUGGAGGAGAUGAAAGCCGCAGGAGCGAAGAAGAAAGCUGCUCCUGAAGCAGAUGCUGAGGCUGAGACUGGUGCACCAGCUAUGAAGAAACAGAAGACCACGGCCUCCACGUCCACUUCAUCUAGUGAACAAGCAGCUGGUGCUUCCGAGAAGAAGGAAAACGACAAGCCUUCUGACGCGGCUCGAAAAGCUGCCAUCGAAGCUAAGCGAAAGGAGGAAGUCGAAUCCAAGAAGAAGGAGAAGGCUGCUGCUGACGAAAAAAAGAGACAGGAAGAACAAGCUGCGAAGCAGAAGGCUGCUGAGGAGAAGAAGAAGGCUGAAGAAGUAGCCCAAAAAGAAGCAGCACAGAAGAAGAAGCUAGCAGAGAAGAAGGAAGCAGAAAAGGCUGCUGAGAUUAAGCGAUUGGCGGAGCAGAAAAAGAAGGGCGCUGAUAUGGCUGUACUAUUUCCAACUAUAUUCGCUUUCCCCUGUGGACGCAGUGGCUCGUCUUGUUAUUCCACUUGUUCAUGACAUUGACACUUCAUCAAAUCAAAGCUUAAACUAGACUCAGUACAACUACCACCUGUCUAAUCGUUUUUGUUUUUUCUCAAAAAUAUAACAGAACCCCCUGAAGAAGACCCUCGCCGGCGGUCUCAAAGUCGAGAUUUACAAGCAGGGAUCUGGUGAGCAGGCCAAGCACGGACGCAAGGUCAAGGUCAACUACGAUGGCCGAUUGGCUUCCAACGGAAAGCGAUUCGACAAAGGCACGAUCGAGUUCCGACUGGGCACAGGAGAAGUGAUCAAAGGAUGGGACAUGGGUGUGAAGGAUAUGCAGGUCGGCGAAAAGAGAAAACUGCUGAUCCCGGCGCAUUUGGGCUAUGGCGCUCGCGGUGCACCACCGCAGAUCCCGAAGAACGCUAACUUGAUCUUCGAUGUCGAAUUGAGGGGAAUCAAGUAAAAAGAGGUGGUCAUAUAAUCUUGAAUGGAGGAGACCACUCUUUUCGUCUACUUCUAGGCGAAGGAACAAAUUGAUGAAAGAGACGAAAACCGCAACAGCAUCAGGCCCACCGGAAAAAUCGCAUUCCCGAUAAAUUUUCAGCACAAACGCAAGCACGCUUAAAAGUAAGUACUACAAGGCUAGCCUAUUAGUGAAAACCAAAUUUAUGCAACUGACGAUGAAAAUGUUGAAAGCCGAUAAGGACCGCGACGUUGGUUUGCUCGCCAAGCAAGCCACACGUUUGCAUGCACGACCAUGACCAAUGUAAUAAGCAAUAAAUCGCCCUAAAUACAAUUAGCAUGGUAUGAUCGCGUUUGCGCCUCGUCGUCACUCGCGUUCAUCGAAUAUUUGGAUUUCAGUGAUGAACUCUGUUUUCAAGUUCGUGCUGGUGCUGUAUCCCGUUCUAAACAAAAAAUCGGUUAUGAUGUUAGAUCGACAGUCUACAACGCCAAUCAGAUCAUCUACGUUGAUGUCAGGACCCACUCACUUUGUCGUCGGUGAAGGAUCGGAUGUUAAUGUUGGAGUGCUCAAGUCCAGUCGGUCGUUGUAAUUCGUGUCGGAUAAAAAAUAAUUCCAUUCGGUCACCAAGAUUAGUCUUCGGUCUGAAGAUCAGCUAGUAAGUAGUUGUGGAUUCGUCGUGAUUCCAAUAUACGACGUUCUUCCUUCUGAUGAUCCAUGAUAGCGAUUUGAGAUUAUAAAUAUGUUAGCACUCUUCAUCCAUAUCCAUGCCCUUAAGAACUGCAACAACAAGAAAAUAAAAAG